GUCCUCUCAUUCAACAGUCAACGCCACAAUAGUCACCACGCACGUGUAAUUCCGGCAAAUUUUGCAAAUCUUUUGCAAAUGGACGAACGCAUCGGUAUUUAAUAAUCUCAAGUUGUACGGGGACAGUGUGAAAUAGGGAAAGUUUGAUACGCUUUUUUUAGGAAUUUUUUGUACACUUUUGUGAGAAAAUUGGUGCAAAUAAAUAACUUUACGACAGAGAGUUGUUGCUAGCUUCAGAAUGCGAUCAAAGGACCGAGUGAUCCUUGCGUCGUUUCUUUGCAUUGGUAUUUUUCUCGUUUUUGUUGGAGGGUCGCAUGGGUCAGCCAUCAUCGAGGGGGGACGAAGAAGUGUCAGUGAGCUACAAGAUGAACUCGAACUUGCGGAAAAGUUUCAAACUGUGACUGGAAUCAGGGAUCCAAAAUCAGUUAUAUCAAUGCUGAUGAUGAUACGCUUACAAAAUAAUCCAUGCCAAGCUGAAACUGGGGGAAAUGGGACAUGUUAUCCAAGAAAUCAGUGUCAAUCUCUGGGAGGAACAUCUUCUGGAACUUGCGCGUCCGGAUUUGGAGUUUGUUGCACCUUCCAAAAGUCUUGUAACUCUGAAACUAAUCAGAACGUGACCUACUUUGUGAAUCCUGAGUGGCCCGGAACUUUUGAUGGGAGUGUCGAAUGUCCGAUUACGGUGCAAAAAGUGGACUCGAAUAUUUGCCAAUACCGAUUGGACUUUGAAGAGUUCAGUUUAGCUCAACCCGAACCAGUUGACCACAUUUGUGAGUCUGACGUUUUCGUCGUCGCGGGUGGUCGACCUGUUCCACCAAUCUGCGGAGAAAAUGGGGGCCAACACAUGUACAUUGAUGCCGGUCCAUCCUCGGGAAACAUAAAGAUCAACAUUGUCACGAGUGGAGACUCUUUUGCGCGUCGUUGGCGAAUAAAAAUCUCCCAAGUUCAAUGCAACGCUCAAUAUCGUGCCAGUGAUUCCUGUCUCCAGCAUCACACUGGGAUGAGUGGGCGAAUAAAGAGCUUCAAUUACGGUGAUCCACAAACAGUCGGUCCAGAAUUCGGGAUGCAACUGUCCGCUCAAGAAUACUCGAUCUGCAUUCGGGCGGAAGAAGGAUUCUGCGGGAUUGUUUAUGUCCCUUGCAAGGAUUCAGCCGAACCAAGAGAAGCUUUCGUGAUUUCAUCAACUUCACAAAAUAGUUCGGCCCCACAAAGAACAAUGUCAGGAGCGGAACAAUGUCCAUCAGACUGGUUGGGAAUUUCAUGUGCCACUGACACCGGGAGGGAAAUGCAGACUGAUGGAAGUUCAUGCGUGGACCGCAUUUGCGGAGGCACCUUCACCAGCUUGUCUGGAUCAACUUCUCAUGCCCCCGUUUAUUCGUUCAGUCGUCCAUUCACGGUCAAAGUACAUUUCAACGACUUUGAGAUGUCUGAUCCAAGGGCUCCCGACCAAAUGAAUCGCGGAUUUUGUCUCGAUUACGUGCAGCAAAGCUGUCCUCAGAGUGGAAAGCGUUCUUUUGAUUGAUUGCCAGUCUCGCUACACUAGUUUUUUUUUAUUCGAAAGUAAUUUUAUAACUUAUGAAUUAUUUUAUUAAUUAUUUACCAUUCAAGUGUACCAUUUUUAUCCUGCGCUAUUAUGACCAAAACGAAAUCUUAAAUUAUUUUGAAAGAUGACCGACCAAAAUGACGAGCAAUAUACUUAGCAAAUGAAAUAUUACGCAUUAUGUAAUUUGCAAUAUACAUUAAUUAAAUUAAGAGUAAUUAACUUUAUUCAUUCCAUUAAAACUAAAAUUAAUCGCAAACAAACAAAUUAAAAUUAAUAUCAAUACCUCAAAAAAUAUGUACAUCACGGCAUACCAAGUCUGAAUAAUUUGUGAAGGGGGAAUUAAAUUAUCAGCAGAAAAAUCAA